GGGCAGGCGGCGGGGACAGCAUGGCGGCGGCGGGGACCGCGGCGGGGCACGGGGCUCCCGAGCCGAUGCCGAGCUACGCGCAGCUGGUGACGCGGGGCUGGGGCAGCGCGCUGGCGGCGGCGCGGGGCUGCGCGGACUGCGGCUGGGGGCUGGCGCGCCGCGGCCUGGCCGAGCACGCGCACCUGGCACCGCCCGAGCUGCUGCUGUUGGCGCUGUGCGCGCUGGGCUGGACCGCGCUACGCUCCGCAGCCACCGCGCGCCUCUUUCGGCCCCUGGCCAAGCGGUGCCGCCUCCUGCCCCGCGAUGCCGCCAAGGUGCCCGAGAGCGCCUGGAAGUUCCUGGUCUACCUGGGCUGCUGGAGCUACAGUGCCUACCUGCUGCUGGGCACCGACUACCCCUUCUUCCACGACCCGCCCUCCGUCUUCUAUGACUGGAUGCCGGGCAUGGCGGUGCCCCGGGACAUUGCCGCCAACUACCUACUACAGGGCAGCUUCUACGGCCACUCCAUCUAUGCCACACUCUACAUGGACACCUGGCGGAAGGACUCAGUGGUCAUGCUCGCCCACCAUGUGGUCACCCUGGCCCUCAUCAUCUGCUCCUACGCCUUCCGGUACCACAACGUGGGCGUCCUUGUGUUCUUCCUGCACGACCUCACCGACGUGCAGCUGGAGUUCACCAAGCUCAACACCUACUUCAAGGCCGCGGGCGGCACCUACCAGCGGCUGCACGCGCUGCUGGGAGACCUCGGCUGCCUCUGCUUCUGUGUCAGCUGGUUCUGGUUCCGGCUAUACUGGUUCCCACUCAAGGUCCUGUAUGCCACGCUGCACACCAGCCUCAUCUCGGUACCUGACAUCCCCUUCUACUUCUUCUUCAACACACUCCUGCUGCUGCUCACCGCCAUGAACUUGUACUGGUUCCUGUACAUCGUGGCCCUGGCCGCCAAGGUGCUGACGGGCCAGAUGCGAGAGCUGAGUGACCUGCGGGAGUAUGACACGGCCGAAGCCCAUAGCCCCAAGCCCAGCAAAGCUGAGAAGCCGCUGCGGAACGGCCUGGUGAAGGACAAGCGCCUCUGAACCCCUCGGCCCAGCCCCGCCUCCCAGGAGCCUGCCCCGCCCCAGACCCCGCCCCGCGACCCAAGCCACACCCCUGGGACGGGGCGCACCUCCCGGGACCCUGGCCCCGUCCAUCUCCACCCCUCCAGGGCUCCAGAAACUCCGGACCACCUACCCGGUCCCCGCCCUUCAGGCCCCGC